AUGUCAGAAAAGACUAUGAAAGUAGAUCCAACUAUUUGUAUACAAUAAAAUGUAUUUAGUGAUACAAAAAAUCAUAAGGGAAAAUGCAUAUUUAACAGAAAUAGAUAAUAAACUAGAUUAUGAUGAAUUACAUAAUCCAUUAAAUGUUGAAGAAACUUAAUCUUAGUUAGUUGAUUCAAUCUUUGGAAGUUGCAAUGUUAAAUCUCAGAAAGGUAUUAUAUAUGAAUCUAUAAUGAUAGCAAGUAAAAUGAUUAGUUCAUCUGGAAAUGCUAAACCAUAAUCUAAUCAACCAUAUGGCUCAUUAUUUAGAAGUGGAAUUUCUAAUUACACAGUUUCAGAUGAAGAUGAAAUUUAAAACAAUUCACAAGAUAUCAAAAAUUCUUAAUAUGUGACUUCUUAGAUAGAAAAUGAUGAUGUCCAUUAUCUUAAACCUCCAGAAUUAACACACUUAAAUAAUCAAAUGUCUAUUGAAGACUUGAUUAAAAAAUGUUAAUAACUUGAAUUAAAUUUGGAAAUUGAAAGAAAGAAAAAUCAAGAACUAAAUGGUAAUAUUUUUUUAUUUUAUAUUUACAGAUAUAAUUCACAAUUAAAAUGAGAGAAUAUAGGAAUUGACAGAAAUAGAAAAAGCUGCUUAUGAAUAAAUGGAUGGAAGACUCAAAGAAAUUUCAGAAUUGUAGGCUAAAAAUAUCUUUUUAGAAGGAUAAUUAUAGUAGUUAAGGGAAAGUCAAGAAAAGGAACUAAGUAAAAUAUAAUUUAAUCUUAUUUAGAAUAAAGAAUAAAAGGAUUUAUGGAUUAAAAUAAUACUUCAUAAAUGAAUGCUAUGUUAUGUAUUCAAAUUUAAUAUCUAUUUAUUAGAAAUAAAAGAAAAAUAGAUUUAAUUAUUAUAAGGAUAAUUAAGUAGUCUUCGAGCUGCUACUUAAUAUAGAUCUUAAGGGAGCUAUCAUAGUACUUAAAGUCAUGAUAAUAAUUAAGACAGUAAAAUUAUUAAUCAUAUUAUCAACAACACAAAUAAUAAUUAGAUUAUAAUAAAAAAUGAAAUAUUUUAAAAAGGAAUAGCUUCAUUACUUUAAAAACCAAAAACAUAGACACCAAAAAAAUAAUCAUUUAUUAAUUAGGAUUCUUAAUCUACUCACAGAUCAAAGAAAGGGAUGAGUCAAAAUAAUUAAAAUUCAAAAGAUUCAAUUACAUAACCAACCUCAUGGUUAGAUCAUUUAUAAAAAAAGAAUGAUGAAAAACUUAAAAAAUUGUAGAAUCAACCUUCAGAAAAAGAAUUAUAAUAAACAAUAUUAAAUAAUUCAAUAAAUGAUAAUGUUCAUAAAUAUGUACAUGCUGAUUGUAUAAUAUUUAUUAAAUAUUAAUUAGUGAAAAUUACUAAAGUAAAUAGUCCUGCAUUCUAAAGAAAAACAACUUAUUAAAUAACAACAGAUAAUGACAAUUAAGAUCAAUAAGAUUUUGUAAAGUAAAAAAGCUUAUAGCAGAAAUGA